AAAGUUCUUCAGACUACUGAACUCUAUCACAUAUGUGAAAAUUAGCUUAUUAUUCCAUUGGAUAAGCUAUCAUACUGGCUUCACACUAUGUACGAUAUUAAUUUGAAUAUAUUUUAUGGGCCAAAUUAAUUAUGACACCUAGAGGCAAAAACCUUUGAUAAAAUCUCCUGUCUAUAGCGUACACUGUAAAAAGUCCGUGUUUUGAAAAACGCUUAAAGCGUUCGGGAAACUGAAAUCACACCAAACGAAUAAAGGUUUAUGAGAGUACCCUUCAAGCGUUCAUCAUGUAAAAUUUAUUAGCAUACAUGCCUAUCCAUAACACGAAUGGAAUUUCCUUUGUUCUUGUUUUUCUCUGUCACAGAGUUCUACCUUUUUCUUUUAUUGAAAGAUACCGCUACUAUAUUUUUCAUUUUCUUUGAGCCUAUUAGAUGCUCACUUUUUUGAUUAAUAUGACUGGCUAACAGUUUUCACCAUUAGAAAGUGAGAAAGUGACAAUGAGUCAUUGUUAAACUAAUUUCAGCUGCUGGUUGUCUGGUGAAAGUGUGUUCAUUUAUUAAAUAUUUAGUUGAAAAUUUUUUCAUAAAUAGUCAAACUUAAUAUGUGUAUCUAAUAUCAAGUCAUAUCAAUUACGUGAAGGAAAGGCCACACUGAUGAUCUUUUGAAAUUUAGAGAUUUUUAUGUAUCAGAAAAUGAUAUUUGUUUUCCAUAAAUCUUUUUAUUAUUUUAGAUGUUUUGUAAAACAAUGUUUGUGGAUUUAUUUAUUCCAUUCUGUAUAUUGUUAUUAUUUUCAUUUGUUCAAACUGAACCUUUAUCUUUAACUGACAAAACAUGGAAAGACAUGCUGUGUGGUCAAUGGAUGGUAGAAUUUUAUGCACCGUGGUGUCCAGCAUGCGAGCAUUUUUCAACAACAUGGGAUCAAUUUUCUAAAGUAAUGAUUCCAAAUGAUGUUAAAGUUGCUAAAAUUAACAUCAAUGAAUAUCCAGCUUUAAGCGGACGAUUUCGUGUCGCAUUAUUACCAACAAUAUACUAUGUGCGUGAUGGUAUAUUUCGACAAUACAAUGGAGAACGUUCACUAAAUGCUAUGAGAGCUUAUGUUGAAAAUCAAGAAUGGCACCGAACAGAACCUAAUGCUUAUUAUACCUUGCAAAAUGAUUAUUUUUGGCCAUCAUGGUUAAUAUACAUUACAUUUGCAUUGCUCGUUAUUUUUCUUGGUCUCUGCAUCGGUUUUGGAGUACUUGUAUUGAUUGAUUAUUGUUCAAGCUCUGAACCAGCUGAUUAUUCCAGCAUACCAGAUGAUUCAAAAGAAGAAUUGGAUGACAGUGAGAUACAACAACAAACAGUUAAUGAUCGCUUGUUAACAAAACGGAACCAGAACAUAUCUUCUUUGACUGAUGAUUCACGUGGUAUAAAAACGCAACAGUAUAACCGGGUACAAUCAAAUUCUGAAAUUGAACCCGACAUUGAAGAUGAAGAUCAAGAUGAAGAAGAAGAAGAAGAGGAGGAGGAACAAGAAGAGGAAAUGAGGGAAGAUGAUGAAGAAACAACUAUGCGAAAUAUGCCAAGUUCCUUUCAAACAAAGUCUGAUAUAAGAAAUCGUCGUACUGAAAGGAAAAACUGA